CAAACCCGGCCCCAACCCUCCGCGGAGAAGACAGGAGGGCGCAACCGCUGCGGCACAGCGGCGACGCUACCAACUACCAAAAACCCAUUGCACGCAUCAACCUCUCUCUCUCUCUCUCUAUCGACUCUCUCGCAUCGGCAUUGCAUCCCCCGUCGCCUACUUUUUCCAUUGACCUCUCCCUCAACGCUCUCCUCCUCCACAAAGCUUCGAAUUUUCCCGUUCCCAAACCUUCCUUCCCCUGAUUCACCGGCGGAAAGAACAAGGCAAGCCGCCCGCCCGCGUGGCGUGGGGUCUGGGUGCUUUCCUUACCAGGGCCUUGCGUGCGCCGCGGCGCAUUUGUCACCCCCGCGGGAUUCCUGCCCCCUUAUUAAGUCUUUCUCUGGACACGGUUCCUUUCUUGGAGGAAGACAACGCAGGAGGCGCUGCAUGGAUCAGGACCUCCGCUGUAGCCGCCUCAAGCCGCGAUUUUGGCUUGUUGGCGAGGCCGGGCGGCGGAGAAGAGGGUUCUCGGUCGCAGCGCCGCGGCGUCAGGGUGGGAUCUUGGAGCUCUGCUGAAGUGCUCCGGCGAGGUGAUUUGGUUCAGGUGCAGUCCAGUCCCUGUGCAGCUCUGUGUGUGUGUCUGGUUUAUUUGCUUUUUUUAGGUAGGUGGGGGUGGAGUUGGGUGGGAGGGGAGCUGGAAUUUAUUGCGAGCUGUUUCUCGGAGGCCAUUGCUGCGCAAAGCUGAGUUCCUCCUGUUUCGAGGGACCGGAUGACCUGUCUGGUGGUGGACUGGUGGUUCGUGAGUGUUGAAUUAUCGAUUGAGUUCUGCAGUAAGAUUUGGACCUCUGUUGCCACCCACAGUUGAAUAAGAUUGCGGCCAAGAACCCUGAGUUUGUCACCUCUGUUGAAUUUAUUGCCACCCACAGUAAGAUCGUAGGAGUAGCUUUGGUGCAGUGAUUUGGCUGAGAUUGGAGGAAUGGCGCGGCGGAGCAAGAGGCUGGAGAAGCUGAAGCUCAGCGCAUUGUAUACGUUUGCCCUCUGUCAUAGGGGCUCCAGUGAGGAUCACUCGCGGAUUGGGACGGCGGGGUUCUCCCAGGUUGUUUACGUCAAUGAGCCAGAUAAGCACGAAGAGGAGGGAUUCAAUUAUCCACUGAAUGAAGUGUCGACAACAAAGUACACGAUGGUAACCUUCCUGCCUAAGUCCCUCUUUGAGCAGUUCAGGAGAGUGGCCAACUUCUACUUCCUGGUCUCGGGUAUCCUCGCUGUCACCCCGCUCGCGCCGUACACAGCGGUCAGCGCGCUCGUGCCGCUAUGCAUUGUGAUUGUGGCAACCAUGGUGAAAGAAGGGGUCGAGGAUUGGAGGAGGAAACAGCAGGAUCAUGAGCUCAAUAAUCGGAUUGUCAAAGUGCAUAGGGGCAAUGGCAUUUUUGAAGAGACAAAAUGGAAGGAUAUCAAAGUCGGAGACGUAAUAAAGGUGGAGAAGGAUAAUUUCUUUCCCGCUGACAUGAUUCUGCUUUCAUCUAACUAUCCGGAUGGCAUCUGUUAUGUAGAGACUACAAACCUUGAUGGUGAAACAAAUUUGAAAAUUAAACAAGCUCUUGAGGUGACAUUGGAUUUACAAGAGGAUACAAUGUUCAGAAAUGUCAGACAAUUAAUCAAAUGCGAAGACCCAAAUGCGAAUCUCUACUCUUUUGUUGGUACAAUGGAAUGGAAAGGCCGGCGGUAUCCCCUGUCACCCCAACAGCUUCUUCUUCGGGACUCAAAGCUACGGAACACUGACUACAUAUAUGGAGCUGUCAUCUUCACAGGUCAUGAUACAAAACUGAUGCAAAAUGCAACUGAUCCACCAUCUAAAAGAAGCAAGAUUGAGAAGAAAAUGGAUAAAAUUAUUUACCUUCUGAUGUCUUGCCUACUCAUAAUUGCAUUACUUGGUUCUGUCUUGUUCGGGAUCUGGACCAAAGAGGACUUAAGAGAUGGUGAGCUCAAACGGUGGUAUCUUCGGCCAGAUGCUACGAGUAUAUACUAUGAUCCAAAGCAAGCAGCUCUGGCAUCUUUCUUUCAUUUGUUGACAGCCUUGAUGCUGUACAGCUACUUCAUACCAAUUUCUUUGUACAUAUCUAUUGAGAUGGUCAAGAUCUUGCAAGCUCUAUUCAUCAACCAGGAUAUUGAAAUGUAUCAUGAAGAAUCAGAUAAACCAACUCAUGCUCGUACUUCAAAUCUAAAUGAGGAACUAGGUAUGGUUGAUACAAUUCUCUCUGAUAAGACUGGGACAUUGACGUGUAACAUGAUGGAGUUCAUUAAGUGUUCUAUUGCUGGCACUGCCUAUGGUCAGGGUGUCACUGAAGUUGAGAGAGCUAUGGCUAUGAGGAAAGGGACCCGGUUAAAUGCUGAAAUUGAAAAUGGAAACCACAAGGUGGAAAAAGUUGAUGACAGUCGUCAUGUUAAAGGGUUCAAUUUCAAGGAUCCACGUAUUAUGGAUGGAAACUGGAUUCGUGAGCCUAACAGGGAUGUGAUAAGAGAUUUUUUCCGUCUUCUAGCCAUCUGUCACACGUGCAUACCUGAAAUAGAUGAUGAAACUGAGAAGGUAUCAUAUGAAGCUGAGUCUCCUGAUGAAGCUGCAUUUGUUAUUGCAGCAAGAGAACUAGGGUUUGAGUUUUACAAGAGGUCCCAGACAAGUAUAAUUGUUCGUGAAUGGGAUCCAAGUUGGAAUGUUCCUGAAGAGAGAAAGUGUGAGCUCCUAAACAUGUUGGAAUUCAGUAGCUCAAGAAAACGGAUGUCUGUGAUAGUCAAGGAACCAGAGGGAAGGAUAUUACUUCUUAGCAAGGGCGCUGACAGUGUGAUGUUCAAAAGGCUUGCACCAACUGGAAUUUUUUUUGAAGAAGAGACAAGAAGGCACAUAAAUGAGUAUGCUGACUCUGGUCUAAGAACCUUGGUUCUAGCAUACCGUGUCUUGGAUGAGAAAGAGUACAGGGAAUUCAAUGAAAAAUUCAACACUGCCAAAACAUCUGUAAGUGCUGACAGAGAUGAAAAAAUUGAGGCGGCUGUUGAUAGCAUUGAACGGGACUUGCUUCUUCUUGGUGCCACUGCUGUUGAAGACAAGCUCCAGAAAGGGGUGCCCAAAUGCAUAGACAAGCUUGCUCAAGCCGGAAUAAAGAUAUGGGUCCUCACAGGUGACAAGAUGGAGACAGCUAUCAAUAUUGGCUUUGCAUGUAGCCUACUUAGACAAGGAAUGACACAGAUAAUUAUCACACUGGAACAACCUGACAUCAUUGCAUUGGAGAAAAAUGGAGACAAACAAACAAUUGCUAAGGCAUCAAAGCAAAGGGUUAUGGAUCAGAUAGAGGAUGGAAUCAAACAAAUUCCACCUCCAAGUCAAGUUAGCACUGAAUCUUUCGCACUAAUCAUUGAUGGUAAAUCACUAACAUAUGCUUUGGAAGAUGAUGCCAAGUUUAAGUUCUUGGAUCUUGCUGUCAAGUGUGCAUCAGUGAUAUGUUGCCGAUCUUCACCAAAGCAGAAGGCAUUGGUUACAAGACUUGUUAAGCAAGUAACACAUAAAGUGACCUUAGCGGUCGGUGAUGGGGCAAAUGAUGUUGGCAUGCUUCAGGAAGCUGACAUAGGGGUUGGCAUUAGUGGUGCUGAAGGGAUGCAGGCUGUUAUGGCAAGUGAUGUUGCCAUUGCCCAGUUCUGCUUUCUUGAACGAUUACUUCUGGUGCAUGGACAUUGGUGUUACCGGCGCAUUUCAGUGAUGAUAUGUUAUUUCUUCUACAAGAAUGUUACUUUUGGGGUCACUCUCUUUCUGUACGAAGCAUUUGCAUCUUUCUCCGGGAAGCCAGCUUAUAAUGAUUGGUUCUUGUCACUCUAUAAUGUCAUUUUCACCUCCCUUCCUGUCAUUGCUUUGGGGGUAUUUGACCAGGAUGUGUCUGCUAGGCUGUGCUUACAGUAUCCGGAGCUCUACCAAGAAGGUGUGCAAAAUAUAUUAUUCAGCUGGCAUCGGAUACUAGGCUGGAUGCUUAAUGGUGUCAUGAAUGCUAUCUUAAUAUUUUUCUUCUGCAUUACUGCCUUUGAGGACCAGGCAUUCCGUUCGAAUGGCCAAAUUGCAGGCUUGGAUGCCCUAGGUGUUGUCAUGUACACUUGUGUUGUAUGGGUUGUCAACUGUCAAAUGGCGCUCUCAGUGAACUACUUCACCAUAAUCCAGCACAUAUUCAUAUGGGGCAGCAUUGCUGUAUGGUACCUCUUCCUCUUGGCUUAUGGUGCCAUAGACCACCUGGGAUCGUUCUCAAACACAGCAUACAUGGUCUUCAUUGAACAGUUGGCUCCGGCUCUUUUGUAUUGGUUGGUGACGCUUUUUGUUGUGAUUGCAACGCUGGUCCCUUACUUCAGCUAUGCCACAAUCCAGAUCCGGUUCUUCCCAAUGUUUCAUAACAAGAUUCAAUGGAAAAGAUACCUAGGGAAGGCUGAAGAUCCAGAGGUGGCAAGACAGAUAUCGUCACAACACCGGACGUCAUCACAGCAGAGGAUGGUUGGCAUCUCUGCUCGUCGUGAUGGCAAGGCUAUGCAAAUAACAAGGGAGAUCGAUUUAUAAGUUCAGGAAUAGUUUUUCAGUAGAUUUUGUGUUUUGUACAGCUUAUAGGAUAUUGUCUCCAGAAUGAUGACAGCUGAACUGAUUGGAACUUGGGGAUAUUCCUGGAUCGUUGCUUCUAUUGUGUCAUGGAGUCUUCCAGUUCAGAUGAUAGAGCAAGAUCACAAAUUUCUUAGAUAGGUCACAAGGAGACUAAGAGAAUACCUGCUGUAAAGUUCUUUUUUUUUUAGCAAUUUAAGGCUUUGUAAUUCCCCCCUUUCUUUUACACAUGUAGAUGCUUGUAAUCAGGUGGUAGAUUUUCAUUUUGUUUUAUUCCUUUUAUACCCCCUUACCUUCUAUCUCAAGUGUAUUUUAAACAAUAAUGGUAAGGCUUCUAAUGUGAGUGGUUUUAAUGUU